UAGCUAAGUAGAAUGGAAUUCUAAUGGAAGUUUUUAUAGAUCAAAAAACAUUUCAGAGAUGAAGAUCAUUUUGUUGCUACUCUCGACAUUAGCUCCCCUCAGCCUGGCUCGAAAUUUGUAUAUACCCAGCAAAUGUAAGUCCACCCUGCUCUCUUUAGAAGUUUGCGCCUAUGUGGGAUGUUUCAUAAAUAUUGAUCAAAGGGAUAUCGAAUUCAUUAACUGUGAACGUGAACUAAGAGGAAGGCCACCCCUGAACUUUUACUCGGAGGGCAAGUGUGGCCCACUGUUGGUGCCCAAAUGCGAAACUUUUGAAUUCUAAAUAAAACGUUUGAGCUGAAAUUGACUCUGAAAUUUAUUCAAGUUGAUGAAUGCUUAAAUAAUGAAAUGACAUAAAA